AUGCAGACUUGCAGACGGUUGGUGGAUAUAGAUGCUUUAUUGCUCUCCUUUCCUCUUCUUCUCCCUCUCUCAGAGUGUAGAUCAGAGACGAGCUCGAUCGAUCCAUCCAUCCGAACCCUAAGCGGCUGCAAUUGCUACUAUUGCUUCAGUACUGCGAGUAGGAUCGGAGUGUGCGAUGAUGAGGAUGACGGCAGGGCCUCGUCGCCUCCUCCAGGGAUUCGGCUUGUUCUGCCGCCUCUGCUCUUGUUGCUUCUUCUUCCUGGUCAUCAUCGCCGUCACCCAGCACCAGCACCACCUCGCCUUCGCCUCCUCCGGCACCAGCUCCACGCGGGUGGUCACCAGCCUCCCUGGCUUCCACGGCUGCCUCCCCUUCCACCUCCAAACCGGGUACGUGGUGGUGGACGAGGACAACGACGCCGAGCUAUUCUACUACUUCGUCGAGUCCGAGUCCGGCGCCGCAGACGCCCCUUUCCUCCUCUGGCUCACCGGCGGCGACCGCUGCUCCGUCUUCAGCGGCCUCGCCUACGAGAUCGGUCCGAUCAGAUUCGUCCUAGAGCCCUACAAUGGCACCUUGCCGCGCCUACAAUAUAACCCCAACUCGUGGACAAAGGUGUCACAUAUUCUCUUUGUUGAUUCGCCGGUUGGGGCUGGAUUUUCCUUUUCCAGAAAACCCAAAGGCUACAAUGUUGCAGACAUCUCGUCGUCACUGCAGCUGCAUGAGUUUCUCUCCAAGUGGUUCAACGACCACCCCGAAUACCUUGCAAGUCCUUUCUACAUCGGUGGAGAUUCCUAUGCUGGAAAAAUAGUACCGUUCCUUGCGCAGAUGAUUUCAGAAGGUAUUGAAGCAGGAAGGAGGCCCCUCCUUAAUCUCAAGGGCUAUCUAAUAGGUAACCCGGUCACAGGCGAAAGUGUUGAUUUUAGCUCUAGAGUUCCUUAUGCUCACGGAGUUGGUAUAAUAUCAGAUCAAUUAUAUGAGACAAUAUUGGGGCAUUGCCAAGGAGAAGACUACACCAAUCCCGCAACCACUCUGUGUGUUCAGGCUCUGGCUACUUUCAAUAAUCUCAUCUCCGAAGUUGAUCCUGCACAAAUUCUGCUGGACAAGUGCGUUUACGCGUCUCCUGUGACAAAUGCAAACUGCAGGACGGACGGCACUGCUGGUAGGAAGAUCCUGAAAGAGGAGAUCGGAGUGGGGCAGCUAAAUCAUCCGCCAGCUCGUCCUCCAUUUGGUUGCCUUACUUACGGCUACUACUUGUCGUAUUUCUGGGCGAAUGAUAGACGCACCCGCGAUGCCCUUGGGAUCAAGAAGGGAAGCAUGGAAGAGUGGGUGAGAUGCCACGAUGGAGACCUGCCUUACACGAAGGACCUCAGGAGCAGCAUCAAGUACCACCGGAACCUCACGUCCAGAGGUUACCGCGCUCUGGUAUACAGCGGCGACCAUGACUUGCUGGUGCCACACCUGGGCACGCAGGCGUGGGUGAGGUCGCUCAACUUCUCUGUCACCGAUGACUGGAGGGCAUGGUUUCUCGGUGGGCAAUCAGCCGGAUUCACAAUAAGUUACUCAAACAACAUGACAUUCGCGACAAUCAAGGGUGGUGGGCACACGGCGCCUCAGUACGAACCGGGGAGGUGCUUGGCCAUGUUCAGCCGCUGGAUGCUCAAUCAGCCACUCUAAUAAUCCAUGCCUCCUGGACCCAACAUCCAGGGGAGUACAGUUGAUGGACAGGGAAGGAAGGAGCAUAGUAGAUGAUGAUGAUUAUUAAGCAUCAGUGACGAAUGAAUAAUCCGCAUCGGUGUUCAAAUGUAGUACACGUCAGAGCAUUUCAAUGGAGAUUUAAAAAUUGAAGUACACGUCGGAUGGUCCGGCGUUGGACAUCGGUGAACCCCGUAGCUUUUAUUGCAGAGAUAUUGUAAACUGGCUUUGGUAAACUUGUAUACGCCAGAUGGUCUAAUGUUGGAAAUAUGUAUGUCGGAUGCUUCGCCGGAGUAAUUUUCUCAGAGAGGGUGCAAAAUGGGUUUCGAUAAGAAUGAAUACUCCGAAUGGUUUGACGGUAGGCAUAAUUACAUGCCGAACUAUUUCUUGUAGAGAGGAUUUCAGGUGGCCUGAUCUGCUAAAUUGAACAUAACGCUAAAAGGGAGUGAACACCGGAUCAUUCGGCAUUCAUGUUUUUUCAGAGAUGUGGCAUUUCUAUAGGGAUAUUUGAUUUCAAUUAACUUGUGAUGAAGUUAAAUGGUGUUGAAAGUAUGU